AUGGCGCCCCGAACCGAGUUCAGCACCGAGCAGGUCCGAGCCAAGUCACGCAAGGACUUGCUCUACUUACUCGAGGGUGUGCGCGGGAAGAAGAACCUCGUGUUCGACCGCAGUCUCGUCGGCCCCAUCGGUACGAUAGUCAAGGUCGCUACCUUGAAGGAAUACGGCGUCGACAAAUUCUUCAUUCUCGAAAAUAACAACGUCGACACCAGCCAGCACAAUGUCGUUUUUGUCGCAAGGGGAGAGGUCGGUCGCCAUGCUGAGACGAUAGCGAAUCAGAUCAAGCGGGUGCAGCGCGAGAGUCAGACCACUCAUGAGUUUCACAUAUUUUGGGUUCCGCGACGAACGUUGGUGUCAGACCAGCUGCUCGAGGAGGCCGGCGUCCUUGGCGACGUGAGCAUUGCAGAGCUCCCGCUGUCCUUCUUUCCUAUCGAGAAAGAUGUCCUCUCGCUGGAGCUCGAUGACGCAUUUCGAGAUCUAUAUCUGUCCAAGGACAUCACGCCCAAUUAUCUCCUGGCCAAGGCCCUCAUGGAGAUCCAGCAAAAUCAAGGCCUGUUUCCGCGGAUUGUUGGCUUUGGUGAAAACGCGAAACGGGUGUCGGACCUGCUCUGCCGUAUGCGUCAGGAGCUCCUCGCCGGUGGGGAUGAUGUCGACGGGAACAAAGCCGGCUUGACACCAAGCACGACAACCGAGUCUGUCAUCAUCAUCGAUCGCGAAGUCGACUUUGUCACGCCGCUUCUGACGCAGCUGACAUACGAGGGCCUGAUCGACGAGGUCUUUGGCAUACAAAAUAAUCAGACCAAAGUCGACACGACGAUCGUAGGUGCGCCGGCCCAGUCAUCGGCCGCUACAUCCCAAAGCAAGGACAGAACAAUCGUACUUGACUCUAGCGACAAGCUAUACGAACAGCUACGGGAUGCCAACUUUGCCAUUGUAGGUGGCUUGCUCAACAAAGUGGCCCGUCGUCUGCAGCAGGUCCAGACGGACUACGAGAGCAAACAAAAGACCAAGACACUCGCUGAGCUCAAGGAAUUUGUCACCCAACUUCCCGGGUAUCAGCAGGAGCACCAGAGCGUGAGGAUACACACAGGUCUCGCAGAGGAGAUAAUCAAGCACACUCGGACGGACCAGUUCAAGGGCUUGCUGGAAGUCCAGCAAAAUCUGGCUGCCGGAGCAGACCCGUCAUCACAGUUUGACGGCAUAGAAGAGCUGAUAGCUCGAGGUGCCCCGAUCAGGGAAACGCUCAGACUGUUAUGCAUAUACUCAUGCAUAUCCGGGGGGAUCAAACCAAAGGAGUUUGAUCAGUUUCGCCGACUCAUACUCCAGGGCUACGGCUACCAACAUAUACUAACGCUCAACAACCUGGAGAGGCUCCAGUUGUUCUUGUCGCGCUCCUCUCCGCUUGCGGGGAUGAUUCCAAUGGCAGGAAGCACUGGCGAGAGCGGCACGAAAACCAACUACGCGUAUCUGCGAAAACAGCUGCGGCUGAUAUUCGACGAGGUCAAGGAAGACGAUCCUAAUGACAUCGCUUAUGUGUACAGCGGAUAUGCGCCUCUAUCAAUCCGACUUGUUCAAAGUGUUGUCCAAAAGGCGCACCUGCUCUCCCUUACAAAGGGCGAACAGGGCGGCACUGCGGCACAGAACGCGGCGGGUCAGGGCUGGUACGGCCUCCAUCCGGCGGUCAAGCAUGUCCGCGGGCCUGCUUUCUACGAGCUCCAAAAGGGCGAGGACAAGGCCGUCAAGGCGCGUGCGUUGUUAUCUGGGAGCAACCACAAGCAGACCGUUUUUGUAGUAUUCGUCGGUGGCGUCACCUUCACGGAGAUUGCGGCGCUGCGGUUCAUUGCGAAGCAGGAAGAAGACCGCCGGAACAUCGUGAUCUGCACCACAUCGAUUAUUAGCGGCAACAGGAUGAUGGACGCGGCUGUCGAGAAGGAAUCCUAUGCCCGACAGGCAGGGUCGACCUAA